ACAAUGAAACAAACAGCCGCGAUCAACAUUAUGAACACUUUAAUCGUCAUACUUUGUUGCGUAUCCGCAGUGUUUGCGCUUCCUGUACUGAAAUCGAACGAUACCCUGAGCCCCAAUCUGACUUUGCAUAUUUCCGGACCGAGCCCGGACGGUUCGUACAACUACAACUAUGAGACUGGAAACGGCAUCCAGGCGCAAGAACAGGGCCAGCUUGUCAAAAUUAAAAAUGGCAAGGAGGACGCUCUUUUCGUUCAGGGAUCUUUCAGUUAUUCCGAUCCCGAUGGCAAACUCAUCGCCCUGAACUACGUCGCCGACGAAAAUGGUUUCCAGCCUACGGGAGAUCAUCUGCCGACGGUGCCUCCGAUUCCCUCCGGUAUCCUAAAGGCCCUGGAGUACUUUUCUCAGCAUCCUGAAGAGGAUAGCUUGUAAAAGUUUCAUCAUUUUAUGUCUCGAUCGUAUGAGUGAAUUAAUUACAGUGAAUUCAACAUUUCCGUCAAUUUAUAGUGUCGAGGAUCGAGCUCAUUGAAGUUACAUGCCUCUAAAUUCACAAUCUUUAUAUUUUAUUUUUUUUUUUACAUUUAUGUAUAUAUCAUCAUGGGGGGUUCCACGUAAGAUUCCUUUCGCAUUGCGAAGAACGUCAUUCCAGAAUGUCAAAUUGGUACAACUAAUUAGUAUUAUUGUGUUAAUUAAGAAAUGCUGCAGCACUGUGUAAAGAAUCAUCGCGAUGGCAAUGUUUAUAUUUUAAGCGUUGCUCCUAGCGAUAAAAUAAAAGUGUUG